GCGUCUCGUCUGAGGAGGAAUGUUCAUACAAUGAGGGUCUGUAUGUGUGUGUGUGUGUGUGUGUGUGUGUGUGUGUGUGUGUGUGUGUGUGUGUGUGUGUGUGUGUAUGUUACCUCGGUGCACCAACACGGACAAACGAUUGUCAAUGGACUAUUUGAGAGACGGUCAAAUCGCUUUUACGCAACGGCUCCGCGCGCUCUUCUUGCUGCGUAAUUUUCGUGUGAGCUCGAGCGUGUUUUUUGUCCGGAUGGGAACGGAACGGACUGGUUUUUAAACGCAACUGCCGUGAGUGUUGAACUUUAGUGGAUUCUAGUGUCUUUGUUGGCUGUAGAUGAACACACGCACACUUUGGGGCUUGCUGUUAGAGUUGCCAGUGUCGGUUGGUCGGUCGGUCGGUUUGGUGCGUGUCGGUGUUUGCUUUGGAACGGUCAGCUGACAUGUGUCCGUGGAUGUGAAGUUGUGCGUGCGAUGCUUGUGAAUCAUCCCACGGCUUCAUUUUGGAGACAGUUUAUUUCUGGGCAGAGGUCGUGCAGUUGAGCAAGAGCGCGAGACAUUAUUCCAGCUGGGAUUUUUAUUAUUAUUAUUUUUAUUAUUAUUAACUUUUAUAAAUAAUUUCAGUUUUAUUCUAAUGGUUGGAAAAAAACAUAUUGGAUUAAUUCUAACAUUGUAACUUUAGGAUGUAUCUGCGACUGAAUUAGUUAUUUUACAUCUGAACACAUGUUAUAUUAUUUUUAUUAUUAUUAUUUAUCUUCUCCGAGUCCGUGGUUUGAAUCCUUCCAUGCACGAGCUGUGGUCCAUUAGAAGCUGCGUGGACCUCUGGAAACUUGUCGUGGACCAGCUGGCAUGGGAGAGGCGACCCCGGCCCAGUCCGCUGCGGGGCCCUUCGUACCCAUGUUAGGUGUAGGUGUAGGUGUAGGUUUAGGAGGGUCCGUGUCCGGUGGCGUGGCCGCGUCCAGCCGUGGGUCCGCGGUGCCACAGCUGCACAACGCCAUCGUGGAGCGUCUGCGCGCCCGCAUCGAGCUGUGCAGGAGGCACCACUCCACCUGCGAGAACCGCUACCAGAGGGGUCAGGCCGAGAGCACGGACCGGGAGCACGAGAAUACGCUUCACCUGCUCAAUAUAGUCCACCAAGGACCCGGGAACAGGAAGGCUAAAGGCAGCCGGGGCUCGAACCAGCAACCUCCAGAAUACAGCAGACCCAAUGGAGAGCAGAAAGGAGCAGAGGGCGAGCAGAAGAUCUCCACGCGGAUAGCGCUUCAAGGAUCUUUGCGAAGAAAGAUCGAAGGCCACGCGCCAGGACAAACACCAAAGCAGAAUGGCCUCUCUUGUGCUUUCACUGGAACGGACUUUAAGCGGGUCCGUCUAGACUCUGGUCUGGGACAGGGGUCCUGCAACCAUAACUUAACCCAGUCUCAGUCUCUGCAGGGCUCGUCCGUCAUGGGUAUGCAGAGGAAGAAUUACAUGAUGCCCCAUGGUGUGGGCUCAGACAUAUUCAACAUGACCCUGAAAGAGAUGAAAAAAGAGCCCAUUGAGGUCCAGUCUUGUGGCCAGUCACAUGGAGAGAUGAUUUUUGAUUUCAAAGAUGAAGGGGGUGGUCACAUCGACCCAGAGCUCCAGGACCUGUUUGAUGAGCUGACUAAAUCGGUGCCGCCGCUAAAUGACCUUGAAUUUGAGAAGAUGCUGAAGCAGGAUGACACGUUCGGUUUGGAUUUAGGUCGUCCGAGUUCAGCGGGAGCAGCUGGCAGUCUGUGCUCCCCGUUGGAUAAGCCAAUAAAGAUGGAACACUCCCCGGAUUUCAGCCAGGUUCAUUGCGGAUCACCACAGCUUCGUCCGGCCUCAGCGGGACCGUCGUUCACACUGACCAGCACCUCCCCGACGGCGUCCUCGCAGAAAACCAACGCCCAGCCGGGACACCCCAGAGCCAUGCCCUGCUGGCCCGAAAUAUCCCACGCCGAGCAGCUGAAACAGAUGGCGGCAAACCAGCAGCAACCAAGCUCCCUUCUUCAUCAUCACCACCAAACGCCACCUGCAGGCCUGACCAGCUGGGCGCCCGCCAUGAGCACCCACUCCUCCACCAGCUCCUUCCCACAGGAUAAGGUCUCAAACCCCGCCUCUCUUAACCAGCAGAGGAUUGGCUCCCAGAAUAAAGGCUUGAACAACUGCCUCUUCAAGUCCAACGGCCACAGUGGUUCCCAUCAUCUAGACAUGAAGGUUCUCAGCAUCAAGCCAACGUUGCACUUCAGCCCCAAAGCCCCCCACACCGCCAGCCAGCCGAUUCCUAUCAUGGCAAGCUCAGUGAACAAGACUUCAUCUCAGCAGCAGCAGCAGUCGCCGUCAAGCAGCCAGAGUCAGCCUCAUUCAGCUCUCCACUUCCAGAACCAGCAGAUCCCGGGGCCUCUUUGUUUGCAGCAGAAGUCCACCCCACACGGAGGAGGAGGCCUGCCCUUCAAACUGUCACAACAGCGACAGGGUGUUCCUCCUGGUCCGAGGCUGCCCACUAAUGGAAGCUUAGGAGUCAUGUCCGGCCAGUCGCAGCCUCGGCCCCCGGCGCGCAACCAGCAGAAAGGCCCGGCCAAAGCUCAAGCCAUGCAGGGUCGGAUUAAUCAGCAGCAGCACGCCAUCAACAGCCCAGACAAAGACAGCACACAUGAACAGUUCAGUCGACACCUUACGAGACCACCGCCUGAUUACAAGCAGUCAAGGAGUAUGGUGGGAGUUCAGCACGGAAGCAUCUUCACAGUGACACAGUGA